AUGGAACGAAAUGUGAGUAACUUCAACUCUCACGGUGCUGAGAUAUCCUUGGAGGUUCACAAGGUUGUUCCACCACCCCAUAGGAGCACAAUUCAGAAGCUGAAGAACAGGCUCAAAGAAACCUUCUUCCCUGAUGAUCCUCUAAGGCAGUUCAAAGGACGGCCAUUAAAACAGAAGUGGAUGCUUGGAGCUCAGUACAUCUUUCCUAUACUAGAGUGGGGUCCUAAUUACAGCUUCAAAUUGUUCAAAUCUGACCUUGUUUCUGGCCUCACCAUUGCUACCUUAGCCAUUCCUCAGGCAAUCAGUUAUGCCAAGUUGGCCAAUCUGCCACCCAUUGUUGGCCUUUAUUCAAGUUUUGUUCCUCCUCUUGUAUAUGCUGUUCUUGGAAGCUCAAGAGAUCUUGCAGUAGUUCCUGUUUCUAUAGCAUAUCUGAUACUGGCCUCUUUAGGCAUCUUAAGGCUUGGCUUUAUAAUUGAUUUUCUGUCAAAGGCUACACUUAUUGGAUUCAUGGCUGGAGCAGCUAUUAUAGUUUCUCUUCAGCAGCUAAAAAGCCUUCUUGGGAUCACCCAUUUUACAAAACAAAUGGGUUUGGUUCCUGUCAUGAGCUCUGUCUUUCACAACACAAAGGAGUGGACAUGGCAAACUAUAUUGUGGGUGUUUGCUUCCUUGUGUUUCUCCUCCUGA